AUGGACGAGCGCAGCCGGGAGGAGAUCCUCAAGUACUUCUACCUUCGCGCUGGCGGCAGCUUCCGCGAGCUUCCGUUGCUCCUUGAGGACGCGGCCAAGGCCGACGCCUCGGAUGCGCAGGGCAUCAAGGCCCGGAUCGACCAGUGGUACGAGAAGAAGAUCCAGCCCAUCAAGGACGUUCUGGCAGAGACGGAGGAGGAGGAAGAGGAAGAGGAGGGAUGGCUGGAGAAGCUCUUCCGAGAACUCCGGGGCGAGAAGAAGCCGAAGAAGGAGCCGAAGUCCAAGUACCUGGACUUGCAGGUGCUCUGCGCAUUGCGACGCUGGGCGUCGCGGGCCAUGCCGUCCCGGUCGCAGCGGACAAACGGUCGGCGCGUCUUUUUGCCCAUGGCGCCCGAUUUUGAAUAUGGGACUACAAGGUCAACCUGCCUGGUAACCGGCUAA